AUGGAUCCUACUUCAUCAUCUUCAAGAAAAGGCAAAAAGAGUAAUAAUUCAGAAAAUAGUAAACCAAGAAAACAACCUCAAAGAGGACUUGGUGUUGCUCAGUUGGAGAAAAUCAGAAUGUUACAUUCUCAAUUGCAUCAUCCUCCUCCUCUUCCUUACUUCAACUACAAUGAAGAUCCAAGGUUACUGCAAACGCCAUCAUCGUAUGGUUUCCAACCUCACACUAUGGCUUUACCUGAAUACGAAAGAUCAAACAUCAGAUGUCCAGAUUUUCAACCAAGCAGAUGGCAUCAUGGCAAUGUCAACCACUACUCUCCUGCUCAAACAAACAUAACUCAACCAUUUCUGAAUCUAUAUGAUUCACAAGACAUAGGUAUGCAUAGAAGUGAUUCUUUGGAUUUGGAAUCGAGUGAAACUCAAGAGCCGGAUUUGGAGCUCAGAUUAUCUCUCUAUUAA